AUGAUGGACGAGAUGAGGUGCAUGUGGGAAGUUCAGAUGGUGUUUUCUGCAUUGGCUUUAGCUCAGAGCGAAGUUUUAUGGUAUUUCCAACAUGUGGGAAUUGCUUCAUCAAAAUCUAAAGCUACUCGAAUAGUGCCUGUGGACAUAGAUCCAAGUGAUCCAACUAUUGGGUUCUUGUUGGAUGGGAUGGACCGUCUUUGCUGUCUAGUGCGCAAGUAUAUUGCAGCAAUUAGAGGCUAUGCAUUAUCAUAUCUUUCAUCCUGUGCUGGGAGAAUCCGAUUUUUGCUGGGUACUCCAGGAAUGGUGGCUCUUGAUCUGGAUGCAACCUUGAAAGGACUUUUUCAUAAGAUUAUUCAACAUCUUGAAAACAUACCGAAACCACAGGGUGAAAAUAUUUCUGCCAUUACAUGUGAUCUCUCGAAUGGAAGAAAGAAUGAGAAGAAUUAUGAAGAAAAAGGGGAGAAUUCUGAAGAAUUAGAAGAGAAUUACAAAUUAAGGGGAACCAAAAAUCCAAUAUUCAAUUGA